AUGGCACGUCUUACAAAAAGAAGAAAGCAUUUGUUGAGUCUUAAUGAAAAUCGUGAAUCUAAAAAGCGAAAAACAAAAGAAAAUAUUUAUAAGUUUGUUGAUUCUUUAAGCCAAGAAGAAUUAAUAGAAAUAAGAAAUUAUAUUGAUUCAAUUAC